GGCCAUGACCAAUGCCAGUCAGUUGCAGAAGCGCGGGAACGACCGACGCUUAUAAAUUAAGUUUUUUUUUAAUAAGUUUUUUUAAUCCGUCGCUAUGGCGUCAGCCGUGAUGAAGUUCAGUGCCAUAUUGUUUCUGGUUGCCGCGUGUGCUGCUGAUGUUUCGGAGCUCGUCGGCGACAAAUCUGCUCAGCCGGUGACGGAGGUGUGCCUCGGGUGCAUCUGCCAGGCCAUCUCGGGCUGCAAGCAGGCCCAGACGUGCGAGGGAGACACCUGUGGCCUGUUCCGCAUCACCUGGGCGUACUGGUCGGACGGCGGCAAGCCCACCAUCAACAACCUCGCGCCUGACCACCCUGAUGCGUACCGCACCUGCGUUGUGGACCCGUACUGUGCUGCCCAGACCGUCCAGGGAUACAUGAGGAGGUUUGGACAGGACUGCAACGGCGACGGCCAGGUGAACUGCUACGACCACAUGGCGAUCCACAAGAAGGGCGGAUACGGGUGCUCUGGCGACCUUCCUUUCGAGUACGUCAACGUCUUCAAUCAAUGUAUAGCCGCUGUUGCCGCCCACCAGGGGUGAAUCACGUACUUUUAAGCCCGCUUGUAAUAGCUAAGGAUAUAUGUACCUAAUGGUGCCCAAAACCAUAGAAAAAAGUCUAGUGAUCGAAUCCAUGGCCGUAAAAAUUUGGCACCUGGCCCCUCUUCACCGCUCUGACAAUUGUCAUCGGUUAUGCUUGUCCAAAAGAAAAUACGUAUUUACGCUGCGUAUUGUCGACUUAUCGACCUAGUGAUGUACAGAUAUUUUUAGGUGUCAAUUAUCAGAGUGGUGAAAUAGGUGCCGGAGGUGACCGUCAGUCCUGUCAUAAAAAAUAUAGCUCCACUUAGGCGACGGUACCUAAUUGCUUAUCAUCAGGCGAGUCGUCUGCUCGUAUGCCUCCUUUAGGAAAAAAAAGAUGUGCCAGCGGACAGCUCUUCCACAUACACGUAUAUCCCUAGCUAAUACGGGAAAUGCCUACCAAUAAAGUAGAAUGCCUAACAUCUUUUAAACACAAAUUGGUAGCGUAUGCAUGCUUUAGCGCAUGUAAUCUGUAUGAGAUUAAUUAAUUUACAAGCGUUAGGCUAAUUAAAUAAUUAUAUUUAAAUAGUUACGUAAUGAUUAAAAUCAUAGAACAUGCUGUGCCAAAUCAAAUGGUAUACACAACAGUUUUUAUUUGAUACUUUAUGACCCUAUUAUAUGUAUACAUGUUUGAUCCAAACACGUCGUACGUAUAUCUCAAAAAACCUACUUGAGUUGUUUAGGAACAAUAGUUAUUCCUUAUAAAUGGGUACAAAUAUGUAUCUACUAGUCUUUUCGGAUUGUUGUUAAGUUAAUUACAGUUACUUGAUUUUAAUCCUAAAUAUGACUGCUCAAGACUUCGUAAUAAUAAAUAAUUUUACUACAGAA